GCAUCUUCACUUGGAGCAGCGCGCGGGGACCACAAGACGCGCUCGCAGCCUCUAUACCUACAGGUCAUUUAUGCUGAUUUCUUUUUUUCUUCUCCAACUGGACGUUGCUUAAAUCUAUCAGGCCUCUAAGGAGUGGAGCUGCUGAUGACCUUUGUCGCUGCCCUCCCCAGCUCCCGUGUUCCUCCUGCUCUUCUUCCUUAUUAUCCCUUUCCUCCCCUUUCUUAAACUCCCCUCCCCUCCUCCUGCGUAUCUCCCAGGCCCAGGCUUAUUACUCAAACCCACUGCAACGAGCAACACAGUAGCUGGCAAAGGAUGAAGCAGGUCUGCCUGCCAACACCAGACAGAGGAUAGAAGACACAAAGGGACCAGUGAAGGGGAGGGAGACAGAGAGAGACGGAGAAGGACGACUCCGUAAAGAGAGCUACAACGAAGCAACAACAUUCAAGAUGCCACGGCGAAGGAAAAACGCAAGUUUUACUUGAGCGUCCAUGAGCUAGCAAGGGGGCCCCUAACAGAUCUGAAACUGUUGACUCCUUCUUCACCAACUUCUGGCUCACACACUCUCCUGCUCUCUCGGGCUCCAUGUUAACACCUGAUAUGCCUCUGUAAGAAGCGUGAGCCAUGCCAGCCAAGGGGAAGUACCUGUUGAACGACCAGGAGCUGAAAAAUGAGGCGCUGUACCGCAAAUUCUCUUGCAUCAGCCAGUAUCAGCCGCUGGUGCUCCUGCUGGGCCUCUCCAUGCUCUCCUGUGGGAUCCUCCUCAUCCUCUUCUUUGCCCUUCGACUGAGCGCAAAGGAUCACUGUGCCUUCGUGAGCGUGGUGAGCGGCAGCCUGUGUGUGUUUCUGGCCGUGUUUGUGCUGGUGUGUACGGAGAUGCUCUCACAGCGAUGGAGGCGUCUGCUGGGCCUGAUUGUCUGGGCAACACACCUCACCAUGGGCUACACCUUCAUCUUCAGCGGCCCCAUCAUCCUGCCUUGGGACCAGGUGCCUUUCUUCCUCUUCAUCAUCUUCACGGUGUACACCAUGCUACCAUUCAAGUUGUGGUACGCUGUGGUGCUGAGCUUCAUCACCUCACUGUCCCACAUCCUGGUCCUCACACUUUGCCUCACCAUUUACGAAGAUAACUACAAUCCUCAUCUUGCCAACCAGCUGCUGUCCAACGCGGUGGUGUUUCUGUGUGGCAGUGUGGUGGGAGCCUUCCAUAAGGUCCUGAUGGAGAAAACCCUGAGGCAGACCUUUCAGGACACCUUGAGGUGCCUGAGCAUGCGGAUGAAGUUGGAGAUAGAAAAAAGACAACAGGAGAACCUGCUGCAGUCCGUGCUGCCAGUCUACAUCUCCAUGAAGAUGAAGCUUGCAAUCAUGGAGCGCUUGCAAGACUGUAAAGACAAAGAGGAACAACAGCGAAUGGUCAAAGAUAACAACUUCCACAGUCUUUAUGUCAAGAGGCACGAGAACGUCAGUAUUCUAUACGCUGACAUUGUGGGCUUCACCCGAUUGGCCAGUGACUGUUCUCCCAAAGAGCUCGUCAUUAUGCUCAAUGAACUGUUUGGAAAAUUUGACCAAAUUGCCAAGGAAAACGAAUGCAUGAGAAUCAAGAUCCUUGGAGAUUGCUACUACUGUGUGUCAGGGCUGCCUGUCUCUCUGCCUAAACACGCUAAGAACUGCGUCAAGAUGGGCCUGGACAUGUGUGAAGCCAUCAAGCAGGUACGGGACGCCACAGGAGUGGACAUCAACAUGCGAGUGGGCGUGCACUCGGGCAACGUGCUCUGUGGUGUCAUUGGCCUUCGCAAGUGGCAGUUUGACGUGUGGUCGCAUGAUGUCACGCUGGCCAAUCACAUGGAGUCAGGAGGCCUGCCAGGACGAGUCCACAUCACAGAGGCGACUCUGAAGCACCUGAACAAGGCUUAUGAAGUGGAAGACGGCAAUGGCCACCUCAGGGACCCCUACCUAAAAGAGCUCAACAUCCAGACCUACCUGGUCAUUGAUCCCCGGUCUAAGGAUCCAUCAUCCCACAGCCGGAGCGCGCCUAAACCUCGGGUGAAUGACGGUCUGAAGAUGAGGGCGUCUGUGCGUAUGACCCGCUACCUGGAAUCUUGGGGGGCCGUCAAACCGUUUGCCCACCUUCAGAGUCGAGAGGGCUUCAGCCCGGACGCCAUUGUCAACGGCAAGUCCCGCUGCAAGGACAUCCCUCUACGACCAGCGCCCGGCUCCAAGAUCACUGAGAGCUUUGAUGAGUCUCUAGAGGAACCGUUCUCCUUGCCUACCCCUCCGUUCAGCAGCUAUAAGAACAAAUCCCAGAAGAGUAAGUUUGAUGAAGAGCUGCACAACGAGAUGACUACCACCAUAGACGAGCUCAGCAGCAAGCAGUGGUCUAAGACUGAGGAGAGCGGUAGCUUAGCGCUGUGGUUUCCAAAGAAAGAUUUGGAAAAACAGUACCGAGCCCUGGACUUGCCGAUGUUCAAACACUACGUUGGCUGUGCCACCUUCAUCUUCCUCUGCAUCUUUUCGGUUCAGAUGUUGGUCACAAAGGAUCGACAGAUGUUGGGGAUGUCAUUUGGAGUGUUGGUCUGUGUGCUGCUGCUGACCCUGGCCAUCUGUUUCGCAGGUCAAUUCCAGCGCCUGUUUCCAGAGAAGCUGUCGAGGUGCCAGUGGCUGCCAGCUGUGUCCGAGGCGGUGGUAAAGCGGCCGUGCGUGCGCCUCCCUCUGGCCACCGUCACUACGGCGGUCAUCGUUAUCCUGGCGGUGUUCAACCUGUGCUUCGUCCAGACUAGUGUGCCAGAAUGUUCCACGGCUAUCGAUGACCUGCGUCACACAAAUGAUUCCCUUGAGCAGGGAUUAGAGGACAUUUUCUUCUACCUGCCUUACUCCGUGUUCUGCUGCAUCCUCUCGCUCAUUGCAUGUGGAGUCUUCCUCCGGGUGAGCUUCGAGCUCAAAGUGCUCUUCCUCACCCUGGCCUCCACCGCGUACUACAUCAUCAUCCUCAACAUCAACAGGAAACUCUUUGUGGUCUACGGAAACGUUCUCCUGGGCUGGAACUGCAGCAGCAGAGAAGAUCACACCAUCGUGAGAUGGGGGCUCGUGAAACACCCCCAGGUGAUGAGCUGCAUUUAUAUCACCCUGUUCCUGGUCACGAUGCUCAUCAUCUCACAACAGAACGAGUCCUGCUUCCGACAGGACUUCCUGCUUAAGUAUAAGAACCGCACGGAGCAGGACGAGAUCGAGACCAGGGAGAACCUGAACCGCCUGCUGCUGGAGAACGUGCUGCCGGCCCACGUGGCAGCGCUGUUUGUCGGGGAGAACAAAAAGAACGAGGACCUCUACUACAAGUCCUACGACUGCGUCUGUGUGAUGUUCGCCUCCGUGCCGGAUUUCAAAGAAUUUUACACCGAGUGUGACAUCAACAAGGAGGGUCUGGAGUGCCUGAGGCUCCUGAACGAAAUCAUUGCCGACUUUGACGAGCUGCUGUCCAAACCAAAGUUCAGCGGCGUGGAGAAGAUCAAGACAAUUGGCAGCACCUACAUGGCUGCAGCCGGGCUCAGCGGGACGCCCGGUCAGGAGAACAAUCAGGACAGAGAGAGGCAGCAGGCCCAGAUCGGCAACAUGGUGGAGUUUGCCAUCGCUCUGAUUGGGAAGUUGGACGGCAUCAACAGACAUUCCUUCAAUAGCUUCAGGCUUCGUGUGGGCAUUAAUCACGGCCCGGUGAUAGCCGGAGUGAUCGGGGCGAGGAAACCUCAGUACGACAUCUGGGGCAACACGGUGAACGUCGCCAGCAGGAUGGAGAGCACCGGGGAGCUGGGGAAGAUCCAGGUGACGGUGGAAACGUCCGACGUGCUGCAUAAGCUGGGCUACUCGUGCGAGUGUCGGGGACUCAUCAACGUCAAGGGCAAAGGGGAGCUGAAAACCUUCUUCGUGUGCACCGACAUGAGCAAGCAGCAAGGUCUGGGUCUGAGCUGAGGCCCGGCCGCCACGGCCAACGCAACUGGAGACGGACUCACGCCGAGAGUUUCUAGACUCCACGAGUGUUGAGACGGGAACAGACUGGGAUGUUAAUGAAUGAAGACACGUACUCAGAACUUUGCCGUGUGUUGGAUGCGACACUGAAUCAACACUUUCUACCCCGGACCUGUUGGAACGCCUCAGGAUGUGAUGUCAGAGAUGGUCAGUCGUUCUUCUACAUACAUUUACGUCCAGCGAUCAGUCACUUUUGUACUUUGUGUUUUUUUCUUUAACUUAGAUGUUGUUUGCGAUAGAAGGAAAAGUGUACUAAUGCCAAAUACAGUUGUGUACUUUUUUUUGAAAGGCCUCUGGUCCUUUAAAAACAAAACAAUGGAUUCUGUUUGGAUCAUAAUUUGAAACCCAUCUGGAUUUCCUGUUUUGAGACCGGAUGGACAAACUGCUGUUACUGUGUAAUGAGCAUGACAUAUGGGAGGCGCCGGUUCAAUAACAGAAACGGGCUGUACAGAAGAUAAAUAUAUAAAUACAAUGUAAAAACUCUUUUCUUGCUCCUCUUUUUGGGACAUAUUCACAUCAAUAAAAAGUAGUAUGUUUCACUCUGGCCAAGCUGAAGAUCCUACUUACUGUAUCAACACAUUUGCUUUUUCCAUGUGAUCCUUUAGGUUACGACUGUGUGGUCAGUAAGCACCGUUUAACUUUACACACAUGAAAAGAUAGUUGCUGCAUUUCAAAAGGAAAUACACAAAGCAUGUACGUCAUCUGUAUAUUCUGCUUGUCUGCAUACAUGCUGCAAUGAGGGAAUCGUGUCCUUAAGUCUGCGUGACGCAACAAUCUGCCGGCCGUGAACUGGUUUUCUGGCUCCUGCUCAGAUGAACUGAUGUCUCUGAAACUUGAUUCGUCUUGUGGCCUUAUCUUUUGAAAACAUCUCUUUCUCUGUAAUUGUGGUUAGAUAAGAAUAAUAAUGUAUUGGCCUUUUAUGUGAACAAAUGUGACAUUGAAUUGUAUACAGCUACAGAAUGUAAUAAAUGUUUUCCUAAGUCA